UUUUUUUUUUCGCUCUAUUUUUUAUGAAGCAUGCUAUAAGAGGGUGUGUGUGUGUAUGUGAGGUCUAGUAACAGUAGUGGUACAGCAGCAGAAGCAGCACAGACAGGAUGGUCAGACAUAUGUUGCCCAGUCUCCUGCUACUCUGGUCUCUCAACCAAGAGAUUUAUAUAAAUGGACUGCCAUGCCAUGACCCAAAGGAGCGGUCCUGGAGCAACCAGAACCUUUAUUCUGUCCCACUGGAUUUGGAUGUAAGGCUUAGAAGACUCGACCUGUCCAAUAACUUCAUCAGACAGUUGCACACACUUGGUUUGCCAUACUUGGAGCAGCUGGACCUGAGCAGCAACCAGCUGGAUCUCAUCUCCGAAGGGGUUUUUGAAAACCUGGCUCGACUUGAAGAGCUGAAUUUGUCCAGGAACGCACUAAACAACAACCUUGGCAGAAACAGCAAAGCCCUCCAAUCCAUCAGUAGACUGAAGAGUUUGGACAUAUCCAUGAACAGGCUGAAUGAUGAGGCAGUGGAAUUGUACCUACGCAACAAAUCUUCUCUUGAUCAGCUAAAGAUGACUGGUAAUGCUCUAACAAGGCUUUCACGUAGCAUGUUUAAAGACAAUAACAACCUGAGGACUAUUUCCAUUGACAAUAAUCUGAUAUCAGUGAUAGAACAGGGGACGUUUGAGUCGUUGAGCCGAUUAGAGGUGUUGAAUUUGGCCAAAAAUAAUCUCGCCCACAUCUGUGACUUUAAACUACAUCAAGUCGAACAUCUGAAUCUCAGCAGAAAUUCAAUCGAGUUCUUUGUUACACAUGAAGACGAACGAUUGUACAGGCUUGAGAUUCUUGAUCUGAGCUUCAACAAACUCCUUUACUUUCCAAUUGUUCCAAAGCUGAACCGUUUGAGGUAUCUUCAUUUACAGAAUAACAUGGUUGGUGCCUUGACUUCGGAAGCCGAAAUGGUAUCAGAGGCCAAUUCUCUUUAUGAUGAGAUUGUACAUCAGGAUUAUAUUCCAUUUGCUAAAAAUAAUCUACACUCUACCUGGAGGCUGAUGCCACUGACUUAUAUUGACCUGAGUUAUAACCACUUUAGGACUUUUCCACUGGAAACGCUGAGCCUUCUCUCUAGUUUAGAAAUACUAAAUUUUAGUCAUAACUGUGUCCAAAACAUUGUCUGGAAUAUUAGAAAUGAUAGUGAAUCCAGAUUCAAUCGACAAAUUUUCUUUUCCUCCUUAAAAUACCUCAGCCUGCAGGCCAAUGGACUCACACAUAUUUCCCCUCUGUUUCUCAAGGCGCUCACACAAAUAGAGACACUAAAUCUGCAAGGGAAUUCUCUGCAGCCUUGUGCCCCCGCAGAACAUCCCAUCCUGAAUCCUAACAUCUCCUGUGUUACAUUUGGUAAUUUAAGGAGUCUUAAACAUCUAAAUCUUAGAGAAAAUAAUAUACAGAAGCUUCAUGUAAACAUGUUUCAGAAGACCUCCUUGGUUUCCCUUAACCUUGCAAAAAAUGCACAUAUGGUAAUGCAUGCAGGUGCACUGGAAGAAGUGCAGGGAACUCUUCAGUCCUUGACCAUUAGUGAAAUCAACAUGAGUGGCUCUGAUCUAUCUUUACCCCGUAUGCCUGCACUGACCCACCUCAACAUAUCCAACAACCGCAUAGACACCAUACCAAACAGCUUAAGCUGCUCUCCUCUAACAGAAAUUGACAUUAGAAACAAUAUUUUGGGAUCUUUAAACCACUCUUUGAUUCUUAAUCUAUCUGGACACCUUCAAAUUAUGUACAUUAGUGGUAAUAACUUUAACUGCUGCGACAGUCGAUGGCUGACAACCCUAAAUGAGCUGAAGAUAAAACUGCCUGACAUCAGUAAUGCUGAAUGCUAUACCAGUGAAAACAAUAUUCUGCUGACAGACUACUUGGAAAACCCUUUAAAUUAUUGUUUAUUUCAUACAAAUGCACAGAAAAUCCAUGUUGGACAAAUGUUCAUAAUUAUUUUAUUUGUAGCUGUAACAUUAACAGCACUGAUCAUGUUCAGCAGAAAGUUGUGUUGCACACAAACAUCAUUUGUAGUGUGAUUUUAACCUUUUUUUGUUUUAUUAUUAUUAUUAUUAUUAAUAUUAUUAUUAUUAUUACUAUCAUUAUUGUUUCAUAUCAAUACGGGUUACAUCAAGUGAGUAAAUGGAAUGCACUCAGGGGAGAAGAGUGUACAGUUACUGAAGCGUAACUCCUGUGAGUACCAUUUUACAUAAAGAGAAGUGCAGUUGAAUGGCUGGCUGUUAAGAUUUACAGUUUUACCAGUUUUCUGACGUCAGAGACAACGUGCAGCAAAGACUUUGUAAUCUGGCAUGUGACUGUAUUCUUACUCUACAUAAUUACUGUGAAGAAUAUUCAUCACAUAGUGUGACCUGAACAGAUAAAAUAUUGUGAUUGAAUUUGGCUUUAUUGACUCCCAAGUUGUUUGCUUGCAGUGCAUGACAACUUACUUAACAGGCAGAGAACGCUGCCUAUCUGUCAUUGUGAAAUGUUUGCUUCAUCCUUGGCUCUAAUUUUUAUGGCGCCUGUGAGACCUUGCACAGUGUUUCUUAGGACUGAACAACACAACGUCAAUAAGAAACCUGGUAAGAGUUUCUUUAUACAUGUAUUAGUACAAAUGACAUAUUUCACAGUAGGGGUUUACAAAAGAAGCAUUUUAAUACAGUUUUUUUUUUUUUUUUCAGUUGUUUGUGUUUUGCUGUGCACUUUCUAUAUGUCUGUGAUUUAGUUGGAACAAAUCUAUAUUAACUAUGCCAUCUUUUACACAAUAUAUAAUAAAUAUACUGAAACCAU